AGUCAUGGUGGAAGUAUAUAUUCCACCAUGGUACUAGUAGUCCUAUAGUCAUCUAUAGUUUUAUAUUGAGUUAUAUUACAUGAUGAAUUUCUCCGUCGUUUACCGGCUCUUCCAUUUUUCAAGAAACUCCAUAAUACCGAUUCAAUAUACGGUACAAACGAGAGAAUACAUCGGAUCAGUGACUCGAUCAGGAGGGAAGAAAUUAAAGAAGACAUUAGUUGCAGUAGAAAAAAAAGUAUUACCCGUUGAAACGGAUGUUAACAGGCUCUUAACUCAUGUUUGCGGUACGAAUAUUUGUAAGGAAGGAGGAAAAGACAUCGAGUUAAAACCAGAUUCGGAAUACCCUAGUUGGUUGUGGAAUAUUAGAACUGGCCCUCCUCCACCUUUGGAAGAAUUAGAUCCAAAUACAAAACAAUAUUAUAGAAAAUUGCGAUUACUCGGUUUAAGAAGAAACAAUCAAAAAAGUACAACUAGAAAGUUUUAAUUUACUUUUGAAAAAAUAUACC